AUGAAUACCUUUAGUGCCGGCAUCUUGCAGCAACUUGCUGGUGUCACCCGCGAGCAGCUCGACGGUGCCUUGCCUCCGGCGCAGGCCACUGUUGGGCCCCCUGAGCUUCCCUUUGCAUCCGUGCCCGAUCUUGGGGAUGCCUUUCCUGCAAAUCCACCUCCUGCAUCUGCUUCUGCGGAUAACUGGGGGUUUGUAGGAUUUACUGGUGACUUCGAAGGGUUUACCGAUGACUUCACAGCGCCUGUCUCGGAAGUCGAAGUCCAGCAGCAAACUCACGAGAUUGCUCGUGCUGUGGGCGAUGAGCGCUCACGCACUGCCGUGGCAUCUCCUGCCCUGCCUUGGGAGAGAGGAGUCUUCAGAGCCAUCUUUGGGGAUGAGGGCUUAACUAAUCCCUUUGAUAACCUUGUGCUUAAGAUGCCUGGCCCCUUAGUCCCAGCACAUGUGCCGCCGGCGGAGCCAAAGAUCCCUGAGCCUCCCAUACCUUCAGCUGACAUCGCGAGCAGGGCAUUCAAAUCCUUCAAGGAUGUACAUCCGAGCGACGAGCGUGAUAUGGUCAUGGACCGAGCGGUGUGCAAACUGCAGCACAUCAUUUGCCGCACCGAUGUUGACCGUUUGUCACCUGAACUUGCACAAGCAGCCUCUUCCAAAUAUGCAACAGACGAAGUGUUUGGCAUCGUGUCAGCUUGUGUAGGUCUUCGUAGUCCUCACACGGUUGUGAAGCGCGCCGACGCGAUCCUUGCAUACUUGAGAUGGUGUGACAAGGAAGGUUACGAGAAGCCAUUUUGUGAGGAUUCUGUGUGGAGCUUCAUUUCUUACUUAAAGAAAGAGAAGGUUCUUGCGAGCCGUAGGAUUCUGGGCCUCAGUGCCCAGCUGGGUGUCAAAAAGAAAGCGGCCAACCGAGCCCGGCCUCUCAAGGUGUCAGAGGUUCGCUUCAUGCAUGGCGUGCUAGAGGACGAGAGCGCACCAAUCUGGGACCGAGCCAUCUGUGCCUACCUUCUUCUUGCACUCUACGCAAGAGCCAGACACAGCGAUUUGGUUCUUGUAGAAGAAGUGAUAGCAGACUUUGAUCGCCAGUGCAGCGGAUACCUAGAGAUCCGCCUCAGAUUCCAUAAGACGGCACAAACCAUUGCAAAGAAAAAUGAUUUGUUGCCGGUUAUAGUUUCAAGCAAGGGCAUCGUGAAAGGCGACUGGCUGGGGUUGGCUACUGAUGUAUUUGAGCGCGUGGGCUUCACCUUGGAUGGGACUGUCGGAACGUUCCACCCAGAUGCUGCCCGAGCCUUGUACUUUACAGAUCCCCCAGCGCCAACUGUGGUGCCACAAGCGCCCGAGUUCAGGGCGGCUGUCAAGGCGAAGGUUGAAAUCAUCAAUGAUUCAGCGUCCGAGCGGGCUGAGUCCGAGGGGCAGCACUCUUCAAGUGGCAGCGAAAGCAGCGAUUCCGAGUCACAAGGCGACUCCGACUCGUCGUCCGAGUCAAUUGCGCCGAUCAAAGCGCCCCGCCUGGAAAUCGAGCAGUGGGAUGCCGCUGACUGUGCGAUUGCAGCUUGUGUGCUAACAAGACGGCGUUGGUCAGUGGAUGCAG